CGACCCCGGACCAGAGGACUGCACAACAAAGCGGAGCAGCACUUUAAAUACUGCCCCCUUUCCCCCUCAUUGAGCCGACCUGUUGCGUCCGCGUCUCAGUAGUGUCGAGGGCUGGGUGUUGGCGCACAUCUCUGGGGCCGAAAUCACGCUUCCUUCCGCCUCUGCACACAAAUAUUCUCCUCCUGGUCUUUACUUUUUUGUUGUUGUGGCUUUAACUACUCGUCAGAGUGCAGGAAGUGGAAAGUCACCACCGCGUGUGUGCCCUCCCGGUGCACAUGGUAGCUCUGCUGGUGACGCCUCAGCGUGGCAGCGAACGCAGCACGGACGCUCAGAGAGUGCGUGUUACAUAAAUGCAGCCAUCAGGGAAUGUGUUUAAGUGAGAUAGAAGUGUGGUUAUUGCAUUACUUUUUUUCUUUUUCACAAUCAUCCCUCACUGGACAAUUGAAAUAUCUCCUCUGACUAAUGGCCAUUACUGUAAAAAGAAGCACAAAGCCCAUUAGUCAUACACGGAUGCAGGCUGGAAAACAAGAUGAAAACGUAGUUCCAGACUGGAAUAGCUGAGAUUCAUCCUCAAGCCUGAAGAUGUCAAACGUUUGUGCUUUGGUGUUGGUGACAUUUGUGUCCCUGGUGGUUGCUGAGGAAGAGCAGAGAGCAGAGGAUAACCCCUUUACAUUUGACUAUCACAGGCUGCGAGUUGGAGGCCUCAUCCUAGCUGCUGUCCUGUGUCUCAUUGGCAUCACCAUCCUGCUCAGUGGCCACUGCAGGUGCAAGUUCAACCAGGACAAGAGGAGGAGGACAGGAAGCAAUGCUCAGCAGAUGCUCUCUGACCAAGGUCGAUCCUGCGACUGUUAGAUGUUAGAGAGAGCACGCCCACUUCCCUAAUGAGCAACCACCAGAGAGCACAGAGGAGCAGCAGUGGGAUUUAUUUUACAAGACAAAAUGCUUUUGCUGUUUUUAGACUUCAACAGAGAGUAGUCAGCGUGCACCUGAUCUCCGGGGGGAAGUUUUCUCCCUGAUUACUGAGCUACUGAUCUGCAGGCUGCACCUCUGCGCAUACACUCGGAUACACUGUUUACUCACUCGUGUCACUGUCAUUUGACUCAGUUGAAUUCUUGUCUUGCUGGGAAGUUGAAUUAUCCCAACAUUAACCAGCUGUGAGCCCCAAACGUUUGAGAAAUUCUCCUACAAGUCAGUUGGUGUCAGCACACAACACUAAAACAAACAAAUUACCAAAAAAUUAUCUUCCACAUCCACACAUUGUAUAUUGUGUUUGCCAUCACUUCUGUGGCAUUGUAUGUUUAAGGUAAACGUUGAUAUGGAUAUUAGUCACUUAUCAUGAGCAAUCUAACCUACAUGUUUGAAAAUCUACAUGCCUGUGUUUUCAUGCCAGAUAUAUGAAAGCUCUGUAGUCGUGAGGAUUUAGAGAAGGGUUGGUAAUUAUUAAGAGUUGUUUCCAUGUUUAGUUUUAUGGAGGAGAGUAGAUGAUUGUAGUGUUCAGAAUCAUGUUUAUAUAAAGGAAAUGUUGUACCAAC